UGAAUGUAUAACAGAUGGAGGUGGCGGUGUCGGGAUAACGGCAGCAACAGCUCCUGUCACUGAAGCACCGGCGGUGGAACACAAUGCAGCAAGUUUUGGAGUAUGCAUUGGAUCGGGCGGAGUACAUUGUGGAAAGUGCUCGCCAGCGACCAACCAAGAGGAGAGCCUCGUCCAGUGGGAAGAAGUCAUUGUAUCAGAAGCUGUAUGAACUGUAUGUCGAUGAAUGUGAAAAAGAGCCAGAAAUAAAGAAGCUGAGAAGAAAUGUGAAUCUACUGGAGAAGCUGGUCACUCAAGAGUCUGUGUCAUGUCUUGUGGUCAACCUGUACCCUGGAAAUGAGGGAUACUCUCUGAUGCUGAGAGGGAAGAAUGGAUCUGACUCUGAGACGAUCCGGCUUCCAUACGAAGAGGGGGAGCUGCUAGAGUACCUGGACGCUGAGGAGCUGCCCCCCAUCCUGGUGGACCUGCUGGAGAAGUCACAGGUAAACAUAUUCCACUGUGGGUGUGUCAUUGCUGAGGUCAGAGACUACCGUCAGUCUGGUAACACCAAAAUGCCAACAUAUCAGUCUCGACACAUCCUGCUGCGGCCCACUAUGCAGACCUUGAUCUGUGAUGUCCAUGCUAUGACCAGUGACCAUCACAAAUGGACACAGGAUGACAAGCUACAACUGGAGAGCCAGCUGAUUCUGGCUACAGCAGAGCCACUGUGCCUGGACCCCUCCCUGUCUGUGACCUGCACUGUCAACCGUCUGCUCUACAACAAGCAGAAGAUGAACACGCGCUCCAUGAAACGGUGUUUUAAGAGACACUCAAGAGCGGCACUGAACCGGCAGCAGGAGCUGGCCCACUUCCCCACCCCUCCGCAGCUGAGGCUGCUGGACUACCUGCAGAGGAGGAAGGAGAGGAGGCCGGCGCCCUCCAUAGACCUCAAGAUCUCCAGGGCCGGAAACCAGUGCGUGGACACGUGGAGGCAGAGCGGCUGUCAGCUCACAGCCCCGGCGGAAGUCGACGUGGAGAAAUACGCGGUGGUGGAGAAGUCCAUAAAGUUAGAGGAAUCUCAGCCCACAGUUUGGCCAGCUCAGGAAGUGAAGGAUGACUACCUGUUUGAAUGUGAAGUGGGUGGCCAGGUUCAGAAGACGAAAGUCUCCAUCUUCCAGUCGGUGGGCGACCCCUUGGUGUACGGGAAAAUAUACAGUGCCAAGGAUCCCAGAUCUGAGGAGGACGCAAAUGACCUGCAUCUCAUUCACCCACCCUUCCUUAUUGGUUCAAAGGUAGAUGCUGAUAGGUUCCUUAACCAGUACAAAGAGGUGUAUGAGAGGGAUGUCAAGUGCCAGGUGAAGAUGUCACACAACUCUGGAAGUGUGGGGACACAGGUCCACCUGUCCCCCGGGAGGGAGCCGGAGGCUGACAGCUUCAAUGCUGGCUCAAUGCUGGUUCAGUCCUCCGUGCUGGGGAAAGGAGUGAAACACAGACCGCCACCCAUAAAACUGCCAGCAGGACCCAGCAGCAGCUCCUCAGGUAACCCCUACAGCUCGCAGACAUCAGGCGGUCACCUCAAGUGCCCAACUCCCCCGCCCUCCAAGACCCAGUCUUUGUCCCGGAAGCACUCCAUGGAGCUGGGCCAGGCUGGCCUGCUGUCCCCUGCAGCAGUCUCACCCAUGGGCUCCUCACAGAGAUCAGGGACACCAAAACCGUCCACACCCACCCCUACCAACACGCCCUGCUCCACGCCCCACCCUCCUGACAUCCAGGCGGCCACGCCCUCGGUCACGCCUACCCCUCAGGACUCCGCCUUGGCCCCUCAGCCAGCCCUGCUCGCUCCCUUCGCCCAGCAGCCCAUGGCCCUGAGCCAGGCCCUGCCGGUCAUGACCAUCCCCCUGUCCACCAUGGCCAGCUCCAUCACCACCGGCACCUCCUCCUCCCAGGUCAUGGCCAACCCCGCCGGCCUCAACUUCAUCAAUGUGGUCGGCUCAGUCUGCAGUCCCCAGACCCUGAUGAGUGGCUCCAACCCCAUGCUAGGGUGCAGCCCUGGGGCCCUCAACCUGAGCGGGAUCCUGCCCCCGGGGGGCCUGAUGUCAGGGGCUCUCCCCACCGUGCAGUCCACUGCACAAGCAGGGAGUCCAUUUGGGUUGAAUAAUUCCCCAGGUCUUCGACCCUUGAACCUCCUCCAGCUCCCCUCUGGCCCCCUCAUCUUCAACUCCCUGCAGCAGCAGCAGCUCUCCCAGUUCUCCCCUCAGCAGCAGAGCAGCCAGUCAGCCACUUCCAGCCCCCAGCAGCAGGGGGAGACGGCUGAGCAGGGUGCGGGUGGUCCGGACCAGGCCCUGGGCAGCCAGCAGACAGCAGUGAUAAAUCUUACAGGCGUGGGCGGCUUCAUGUCCCCUCAGGCAGCAGUGCUAUCGCAGCUGGGCUGUGGCCUGGACAGAUCUGGGCCCAGUCUGCCCUCCCCGAGGCUCCAGCUCUCCCCAGCCUUACAGCAGCAGCAGCACCAGCCACAGAUACAAUUGCAAUUCUUGCAGCACCAAAUGCAGCAGCAAAUGGCUAUGGCAGCAGCAACAGCGCAGGCACCGCCACCACGGCAACAUUCCGCCAGCCAGCCAAGAAGUAAGCGGAAACGCAGCACGCCACAGCCGCUGCCCAAAUCAUGAUGGAACUAUGCGGUCAUCCC